AGUUUCCACUCCAUUGUUUGGCAUCAUCGCCUUCGCCUUGGACGCUCCGAAGUUUCAAAAAGAAGCCUCUCUCUCUCUCUUUCCCAUUUUCUUCUUCUUCUGAUCUCUUCAUGGGUCUUCUCCCUAUUCUUCAUCAGCCGCCCCUUGUCUGAAAUCUCGUCGAUUUUCCUUCUCCCUAUCCUUCUGAAAUCCGUCUCUGCUGUUUUCUAUUUGAAAUGGCUAAUGCGUCUGGGCUCAUUUCUCCAUCUGUUCCAUGCAUUCGGCGGAGAAAUCCGUCUUCUUUCGGCAAUUCACGAUCUGGGUUUUGCGCGGUAGAGAAAAUUACGAAGAGGGUAUUUCGCUUGAGCGCUAUACAAGGGGCAGAAGAACUUGCCUUAGGAGCUUCCCCUUCCAAAGCUCGAGCUCCUGGACUUGUUGGUAAGGGGUGUAAGCUGGUAGGAUGUGGCUCAGCUCUGCCAAAGCUUCUGAUUUCUAAUGAUGACCUGGCACAAAUUGUGGAAACUUCAGAUGAAUGGAUUUCUGUCCGUACAGGGAUUCGGAAUCGAAGAAUACUUUCAGGAGACGAAACAUUGACCGGGUUGGCCAUAGAGGCAUCGAGGAAAGCACUUAACAUGGCUCAAGUUGAACCCGAUGAUGUUGACCUAAUCCUGAUGUGCACGUCUACUCCAGAUGACCUUUUUGGCAGUGGUCCUCAGGUUCAGAAAGAGCUAGGCUGUAAGAGAAAUCCUUUGUCCUUUGACAUUAGAGCGGCAUGUAGUGGUUUUUUAUUGGGUCUGACAACUGCUGGCUUUUAUAUAAGAGCGGGUGGCUUUCGAAAUGUUCUAGUAAUUGGUGCUGAUGCACUUUCCCGAUAUGUAGAUUGGAAAGAUAGAGGUACUUGUAUCCUCUUUGGUGAUGCUGCCGGUGCGGUAUUAGUACAGGCCUGUGAUGGGGAUGAGGAUAGCUUGCUUGGAUUCGACGUUCACAGUGAUGGUGAUGGCCAAAGGCACUUGAAUGCUAUCAUUAAGGAUGAUCAAUCAGAGAAUGUCUUGAGCUCAAAUGGUGCACCAGUCUUUCCUCCAAGACUCUCUUCCUACUCCUGCAUACAUAUGAAUGGCAAGGAGGUUUUCCGCUUUGCUGUUCGAUGUGUGCCUCAAUCGAUUGAAACAUCAUUAGAAAGAGCUGGUCUCGUGAGUUCCAACAUCGAUUGGUUACUGCUACAUCAGGCUAACCAAAGAAUCAUCGAUGCAGUUGCAACUCGCCUGCAGAUCCCACCUGAUCAUGUCAUAUCGAAUUUGGCUAAUUAUGGCAACACCAGCGCGGCAUCCAUCCCAUUAGCAUUGGAUGAAGCUGUUCGAAGCGGAAAGGUGCAGGCAGGUAACAUUGUUGCUGCUGCAGGAUUCGGAGCCGGGCUUACUUGGGGUUCAGCAAUAUUGAAGUGGGGGUAAGACUCACGACAAGAACUAGGAAACAGAACCGCAAUAGCAACUGUCAAUGUAGUUCUACCAUAGACUGCCCCUAGCACCCGUUUUUGUUUCCACCAUGUUGUACCGUGGAGAGUCAGUGAUCUGUUUGGCUGCUUUCCCCCCUUUCUCUCUUUCCCCUUCCGUUGGAUUUUGCAUAUUUUGAUUUGAGGAUCAAAAUAACUUUAUUCA